AUGGCAGCAGCUGACUUCUUCAAAACAGCUUCUCAUAAGACUUUUGGGCUCAAGGGAUUCCUGACCAAGAAACAAAACCAGAAUUGUCCCAUUCCCCGGGGGAUUCAGAUGAAAAUUGGUAAUAAAAUCAGGUAUAAGUCCAAGAGGAGGCACUGGAGAAGAGCCAAGCUGGGUCUGUAA